AUGACAAAUCCUCUGCAUUCUUCCGCCAUCCUGAAGGGGAUGGCUGAAGCUCUUCCCACACACCCCAAAGGCGAUACAAAUUCAGACCUUAGUAGCUCGCACGAAGCUCUCGCCCUCUUUGCGCAUGCCUGCAUGGACUCCCUCGGCUUUCGCCUACUCGGUUUCGAUGAGGAAAAGACCAUCGAAGCCAAAUGCCGAGAGCUUGCCCCGCGCCUCCCGGAAAACUGGAACGCAUCCUUCAACACUUGCUCUUUUGUCUAUGCGCACUCGCAAUCAGCACUGAAGUUUGUUAUCAAAGUCGACAGAAUUGGUGGCAAGGCAGAGAUUCGUGGUGUUGCAAUCGAGGAUGACCGCAUCGCAAGGGCCGAGGUCACUAUCAAGGACUACGUUUCAAACGGAUCUCUCCCCGUCCGUAUUACUUUGACCAGCGACUCUGAAGAGGACCGAUCCGACUUGGCUGAGAAGCUGCUGGCAGUCUUUAUCAAUGACGGCCGCGUCACAGACCUUGCCAACUUGAUCAAGGUCCAGAUUGUUCAAAAGCUGCUGCCUUCACUGCAAAAGGAGGGCUAUGAGGAAUCGCCCGACGACCGUGCCGCCAUACAAGAUGCCGAUGAGACUGGCCGUCGUGGGCCCAGGCCAAACCCACAAAUGCCCGACCCUCUUCCGCAGCCAGCAAACCCUUACGGCUUCGAAGACCCCCUGAACCCCCCGCCAAGGCGCCCGGUGCCGGCUGGUGAUUUCCCUCCUCCGGGCUUCGAGGAUCCGUACGAUAUUCAUCGCCCUCCUCGUGCUGGGAUGGCGCCAGGCAUAUCACCCUUUGGGAAUCUCGGAGCAGAUGAUCUUCAUCCUCCGGGACUAGGUCCUCACGAUCCCCUCCGACCAUCACUCGGCGGUGGCGGACUACCGCGACCCGGAGGAUCGCGAGGUAUGCACCCGACGUUUGACGAUCUAUUUGGUGAUGGUGGUGCAUCGUCCGGGCUUGACCCACAAGUACCUCCUGGAGCGCGGUAUGAUCCUCUCGGCCCGGGCGGACAUCCACGAUUGGGUGGUCGCGGCCCCGGCUCUGGCAACAACCCAUUUGGUGGUAGCGGAGGUGGAUUCGGCGGAUUCGGAGGUGGCAUCAUCUAA